AUGAACGCAGAAAACCGUUACCCAGUGACCGCUUCGCUGUUCAUGCUUCGGGAAAUAAAACAUCGUCAGGAAAGGGUCAAUCGGGGUUACCAGCUGUUGAAGCGGAAGGCCGAAGCUCUACGCAUCAAAGGGCGUCAAGCGGCGGCAGAAUUGGCGGCGACGCAAGGAGUACUAGGGCAUACAUUGCGGGAAGCGUACAUAUCUCUCGCUGCUGUAAAGUUCACUAACGGAGAAAGCAAUGCUAUGGUGCUUGAAAACAUUGGAGAGGCGCAGGUUCGAGUUCAAAGGAUCUCUGAGAACAUUUCUGGCGUGUCCACCGUGUCUCUACAAGCAAUAGAAGACCCAACUGCAAGCGACUCUCUACGCUACGCCGGCCUUGGAGCUGGGGGCCAUAGGACCAGCGAGGCGAAGAGAGCCUUCCGAGAAGCCGUUCGAAUACUCAUCAAGUUUGCCUCCUUGAGAAACACAUGUAUAUUGCUUGAUGAAGCUAUUAAGUCUACUCUCAGAAAGGUUAACGGCAUUGAGAAAGUAAUCAUGCCGAAACUGCACAAUACUGAAACUUAUAUUCUCAUGGAAAUGGACGAAAGGGAGAGAGAAGAGUUCCAUAGACUAAAGAUGGUGAAAGCCAAAAAGGUUCGUACUCAAGCCCUGACGACCUGCCGACAGGAAAUGUCCGCGUUGGCCACUAUUGAUGAAGGAGCUAUUAGUGAUUCACAACCCUUCGAUGAUCCGUUUAAGCAGUCGAUAGAAUGUCUAACUGCGUACUUAAAUCCGUGCCAUACUGCACUGUCCUCUUCUAGGACGGAGUCCUCUGGAGAUUACAAGCCAGCUUGCCUUCCCCACAACUGGGACGAUGAUGAUUUGCUGUUUUAA